CAAUAUAAUAUAUGAUCUCACAAACUUACGUUUCAUUUUGAGUUUCAUUUUCUCUAUUUUUUCCCACUCUCACAAUCAUGCCAAAUUUGCCUCCUAAAAUCCCAAACUUGACCACUCCACACCACUUCCCUCAACACAACAAUCACUUCCUUUCCUUCUCUUCCUCUAAACAGAGUUUCCACCGCCGCUCUGUCAGCGACUCGAUAGCCUUCCUCGACUCACCCACAAUGAUGAGUCAAAGCUUCUUAGGUUCGCCUGCAUCGAUAUCCAACAGUAAUAACGCAUUUGAUGGGUUCGAUGAGGAGCAAUUUAGAUCGAUGUUGAGUGAUGAAAUUCACUCUAAUAAUGAAGAUGAUGAACCCACUUCAUCAGAUCACAACAGCAAUGAGAAGUCAGAAGGGACAACAAAUGAUGAUCCAAAGCAUUCGGUUAGAAAUGAGCCUAAAGAAGAGGUUGAAAGUCGCCAAUGGGAAGACAAUGUGGUUCCAACAAACAUCUCCAAUGAUCGAGUCACUGAUCCCAAAAGAGUCAAGAGAAUAUUGGCAAAUAGACAAUCUGCACGAAGAUCAAGGGUCAAGAAAUUACAAUACAUAUCAGAAUUGGAAAGAAGUGUGACUACAUUACAGGCCGAAGUUUCAAUGUUAUCACCAAGAGUUGCAUUUCUAGACCAACAGCGACUACUUCUAAAUGUGGACAAUAGUGCUUUGAAGCAAAGAAUCGCCACUCUCUCCCAAGAUAAGAUUUUCAAAGAUGCUCAUGAAGAAGCAUUGAAGAGAGAAAUAGAGAGAUUAGGGCAAUUGUAUCAUCGACAACAAAAGAGUAAGAGAAUGGAAUGUAACGAAUCAUCUCCAACAGAACCACCCACAUCUUCUGGAGAUCAAAAACAUAAGCUUCUGUAUGUUUGAGUUUUAGGGACAAAAAAUAAUCUUUUUCUACUUUUUUUACCCAUCUUUUUUCUUUUUUUCUUCUUAUUGAUUGUAUGUUGAGUCAAAACUCAACAUGCUAAACGUUCAGUUGAACUAACUAUUUUGGUGUAAUAAAUAUUUGUUCAAAGGAUAUUGAAUGAAUUUGACUUAGAAUAAUGUAUAUAUUAUGAUUA